AUGUGUGAAAAUCUCAGCUGGCUUUCGAUAUCCCAGAAUAUUUCUGCAACUGGCGGUCCUAAUACUUCGAAUGCAAAUUCUGCGAGUGGAAGUGGUGGUUCCUCCCCACCAACGGGAUCCAGCUCAGGCGGUUUGACUGGCUCGUCGACUGGCUUAAGCUCGUCUACCGGGUUUAGUUCUACCACGACUGCCCAACCAGCACCAUCACUUUUCUUCCUCGAGGGUGGCGAGAGCUUUUCUGGUUAUUUCGCCGUACUCGGGGAAGAUGGUAACGUAUUCUUGACAGACGUAGAAACUGCUAGUGGGACAGGAUUUUCGAUUAAUUCGUUCGGAAAAGUUUCAACUCUCGAGGAACCACCCCAAGAUCUACUUUAUCGCAGAAACAGUACUGCUAGUAGUAGAAUUCGAAGAAGGCAAGAUGACCUUAUCGACUGGGGUGACUUGCUUGCUGCACUUCCUGAUAUAGCAACCACAUUGGGAGUUACUGAAAGAUUCCAUUUCGAGGGCAAGGAGUUGCUGCUGGAUACCGGGGGGUUUACAUAUACCCUCUAUGUUCAACAACAGAAUGGAACUUACUACCUUAUGAAAAUGGCUAGGCGGGGAAGCAAUAUCCCCGAAUUCUUAACAAAGCUGCCGUUGACAUGGGCGAGUACUAGCGGAACAGUUACUCUCACGAAACCGCCAAUUUCAACAUCUACUAACACAGGCGGUUUAAAUCCUUCGGAUAUCCUUGUUUACGAUAUCAUCACUUCGUCGAAACUCGAAAGUUUUUGCUCUUUGCUUCUGGGGUACUUCGGAACAGUUACAUCAACCUUAAACUCAAUUGCUUCAAUUGCAACCAAAACGACCACCUUGCUCGAAACCGCGAGUUUUCCAAGGACUGAGACGAGUACUAUUAUUGAAACUUCGACCGGUUCCCGUUACACAGUGUGGAUUAUAGAGACUGCAACUGCCUUAAGAUCGAAGCGAAUGUUAGAUAAUGGUCGAGAGAUAGAGACGACGGUCACAUCCUACCUCCGGAGGACCGUUACUUCAGACAACAUCGAAACUCCGGGCCCUCUCAAAACAUUCCCAGCAGCACAGGUCCGAGCUGGUUGCUCCAUGGCAGUCACAGCCCCCAUAACCUCCACCAUUAUAACCACUAGUAUCACUUCUGAGCCAUACAUCGAAUCAAGAAGAUCAACUAGCACACCAGUCGUCAUUUCGGCUACAACCAGUUCCACGAUCACAUACAAUAUCUUAAGCACUACUCUACACGGCAAUGGUGUUCUUCGAGCAGAAAUCACUGAGCUGGCUCCCAGUUUGCGACCUAUGAUAUAUGCAAACCGGCAAGUCAACGGCGACACUUCUAUUCCAACGCCAGGUGUCCAACUUGGUAUGUUUGUUACCAGACAAUCUUGGGGGGUCUCAUACGCUAGUAAUGCCCACCGUGCGCUUAUAAUUACUCAACAUCUUCGUUCUGGUACUGUGAUGAAUACAUAUGGUUGGCAUAUCUCUACGUCUGUCAUUGCGAAUCCACAGUCUUCAAGUGUAAUUUCGGCAUACCAGGUUAGUAUAGCUGUUAUUGGGAGUUCUGUAGUCACAAGACGAGAUGUCAAUGCGGUGGAGGCGGCACCAAGUCCAGUUCCGGAUGGCGCAGCGGCGCCUGAACCGGCUCCUGUUGAGAGUGCUGGUGCUUCUAGUUCCGCUGCUGCUAGUUCUAAGGCCGCCAGCUCUCCUGCCGCAGCUGGUAGCUCUUCUGCUGCGGCUGGUAGCUCUUCUGCUGCAGCUGGUAGCUCUUCUGCUGCAGCUGGUAGCUCUUCUGCUGCAGCUGGGAGUUCUUCCGCCGCCGCCGGUAGCUCUUCUGCCGCCGCCGGGAGUUCUUCUGCCGCCCAAAGCUCCAGUGCGCCGACAGCCGUAGGAAUCCUAUAUAUGGACUCUAGCGAUGGAUAUUUAUAUCCUAUGAAAAAUCUUAUGAGUCAACUUGAUGGAUACGAGAAUAGAGAUACGUUUUGGGUUUGCACUAAUGAUGCGGCGAUCCCACGUACUACAUUGUACUUAUAUCGAUCAACUGGUUUUGCGGAGCUGGUGGCUAGGCAUGAGCCGACUUUGACUGGUUGUUCGACUUUUCAUAGUGUUUUACCGAUGGUGAUUCCGGCUACUAGAUAG